AGUGUUCGUGAGUUGUGUGCGUGCGCAUGCGCAGGAGUGCGUCUGCGCAACAAACAACAGUCUGAUCAACUGAGGACACGAGAGAGGCAAAGAGAAGGAAACUGACACAAAUCAAGCGAAUACUUCGUGUUUCAUCAGACGGCCGCUGCAAUGGGUCGAAUGUUCCUGGAUCAUAUCGGAGGGACCCGUCUGUUCUCCUGCGCGAACUGCGACACGAUCUUGACGAACCGGACCGAGCUAAUCUCCACGCGCUUCACCGGAGCCACAGGACGAGCUUUCCUCUUUAAUAAGGUGGUGAACCUGCAGUACAGCGAGGUGCAGGACCGAGUCAUGCUGACAGGCAGACACAUGGUGCGAGACGUCAGCUGUAAGAACUGCAACAGUAAGCUGGGAUGGAUCUAUGAGUUCGCCACCGAGGACAGUCAGCGCUAUAAAGAGGGCCGUGUGAUCCUGGAGAGAGCGCUGGUCCGAGAGAGCGAGGGUUUCGAGGAACACGUGCCCUCCGACACUUCCUGAGUCAUGCAUCAUCCAUUUCAAUCACACGUUUGCUUCUCGUCCCAGACAAAUGGCCCCUGAACACUUUGAGGACUGGCUGAGGUGUGUCUGCACAUUGAAACCAGAUGCACUGCUCGUUUCUAUGGAGACAAAUUACAUGUGCAGAGAGCUCCAACUGCUUUUAAAGUCCAUUAUAGCUCAGUAUGUUUGUUGCAGGUGCUGCGUGCUGUUGAUUGAGCCAGACAUCUGCGAUACAUAGCUUACGUAUCGGUGCAUAUGCUUCUAUGUUUAAGGUGUUUCUUUUCAUUUGAUUUACUCUUUAGUUUUUAGUUACAGUUGAUUUCAGAUAAAGUUAAGGUUUCACUCACCCUUGUGUUGUUAGUAAACCCGUAUGACUUUCUUUCUACCACUAAGAGUUGUUUGAUAAAGUCAAUGUGAAUGGUGACUGAACAGUCUGCCUUUAGUGGAAGUCAGACGAAUUUGCAACAACAUGUGUUUGAGUAAAUACAUUACAUUUUUUUUUUAUUAUGGCCUAUACCUUUAAAUAUAUUCACUGUAAUAAUUUCAUCUUAAUAAAAUGUCCCAACAUUCAGUUCAGAUUCAUUCAUUCUAGCAUGUUUUUCUGGAAUACUUGAUUGUGAUUGGUUGCUCUUCUGUAUUAUAAGCAUUAAACUCUGUAAUUGACUGUUUUGUUCCAGGCAACCGAUUUCCUCCAUAGCUGUGCGUGUGUCAUGUCUCUCACAAACUACUAAGCGGGAUCUGCUUUGUAUCUGGGCUCUGAUCACCUUGUCAGGGAUUAUGUAGUCAUAAUGACCAAAAAAACCCUACAUUAUCCCUUCUUAAACACACUGAAAUCAGUUCAAAUUGUUCCGAAAUGUGCUGCUCGUUUAAACUAAAAUAUUGAUUUUCAAAAACUCCCAGAAGUAUGAUUACUCCUAAUGCACAGCCAUUAAAAACCUGGAAAUAUCAAGGAAUUAAAAAAAGUUGUUUUCUCUGCACAUGAGCGAGACAUUGCUCUUGUGUGGGGUAAAACUUGCGAUAGUGAUGUCUGAUUUGUCAGUGAAUUGUUUCGAGUCAGUUCUUUUGAAAGAAUUACUUGAAAUGUACUGGAAAAAUCAUGGGAAUUAAUUGGUCAAAAGGAUGGGAACCCUAGAAAACAAAUAAAAUGUAAGAAUAAAAACAGAAAUAGAUGAAUGUAAUUAUUACAGAAAUUUUAAUGGAGAAAAAUAGACUUCAAUCAAUUUUCCAGAAAGACAACUCUCUGAAAGAUUUUGCAUGUUAAUGUGGGUAUGACAUAUUCAUGGAAUUUGGUGUAGUAGACUAGAUCUGCAGCUGCUGCAGAGCAAGUACAAAGACUUACUAGCUAAGUGUGCCUGGGCCAGCUUGGCUGAAUGGUUAGAGACCAAACUCAUCUGUGUGGAUCAGGAAAGCCCAGAGACCUAGCCUAGCAAUGUGUGGAUAUGUGUGAACUUGUGAUCUGAUAUCGAUGUGUACCAUCUAGGUUUGUCUAAGGCUUACAGAUUUAAAGAUGCACUUCUGUGUCACUUACUGUGCAAGUAUAUAGAAGAAAAAGAAACCACCAAAUAGAGUUUUCAUGUGAGCGAG